UUUCUAUUUGGACUAAUAUUUGUUGGUCUGAUCUGGUCUGGUAAAUGUCUGGGCUCUAUGUAUUUUCUAACUAUGGAAGUCUGGUGUGGUGUGGUCUUUUUAAGUUUGAUCUGGUCUAGUCUGGUCUGAUCUGGUAUGCGACUGAAAACAUUUCAAGUAAAAACAUCCUAAAUAUUGUUUAUGAACCAAUUUUGUAUAUACUCCCUCCGUCCUCCUAUUUUUAUCCCAUUUUACAUUCUCCCUCUGUCCCACUAGAUUUGUCUCGUACCAGAUUUAACAAUAUUUGGCAAUUACAAUUCAGUUGUACUUUAUUGAUACUUUACCAAUUUAAUAUCAACAACACAUUUCUAUUUUUCUUAAUAAGCGCACAACUCUUUUUUAUCCCAAUAUGAGGGGGGGAAUUGAGGAAGGUAGUAUAUAGAUGAUGAAAGAGUCAAUUGAGUACGUCAAUUUGUAUGAGCUGGAAUACAGAGUACAUUAUGUUGCAUUUGACAUUCGUAAGUACACGAAUUCAGUUUUUUUUUUUAUUUGAGUACAUUCGUAAGGUUAUCACGUUAAUAUGGCAUAGUUGGCUAACAUAAUAGUGAGUGAGAAGGGGUAAUCGACCACACUUAUGGCACCGACCUUCAAGAAGUCGACCAAAAGGGGAAAGUCGACCUUCGGAGAUCGACAUGGGGGGCGUCGACCUGCGGGGUGCAUUGAUAAAGAGAAUUUCGAUUUGCGGGGGACUAGCGUCUGCCAAGGAAAAGUCGACUAAGGGACUGGGGGCCGGAGUCGACCUUCAGAAGUCCUAUUAGCACUGUUAGCCAAGUCAACAUAUUACGUGUUAAACUAACGGAUAUACUCAUUUGGUAUACUUUAGAAAUAUCAAAUGUAAUAAUCCGUAUAAUGUAUUUUCUACUUCAUAUAAAAGUUUGAUGUACUCUUUGAUGUAUUUUCUGCGUUACAGGACAGAUAAGAUAUUGGAAUGAUGAUCACGUGAAGCUGUAUGCAUGUGAAGCUAUCAAACAAACUCUGUUAAUCAGCACUGAAAUUUCAUCAGUUGAUCGUCCAUCCCAUUUCCCAACCAAUAAUGGAUGCUUUCCCUCACAGAUUUAUCUCUUCUCCCCUGUAGGGCCACCGAAACCAAUAAUGAAGAAACAGGGCUGUGAAGUUGAAGCACUAGGCAUAAACUACACUAUCCCCACUGCCUCACACCCACGCCGGAGCUCCACUCAACCCCGCCGCCGCGCUGGAGUUCGCGUCGUUUUGAAGGAUGUUAGCUGCCGGGCCAAGCCGUGGGAAAUCCUCGCCAUCGUCGGCCCCAGCGGAGCCGGCAAGUCAUCGCUGCUGGAGAUACUCGCCGGGAAAAUCCGACCCCAGAGCGCUUCCAUUUUCCUGAACCGGAAGCCGGUCGACCGGGCGAGGUUCAAGAAGCUGUCGGGGUACGUGACGCAAAAGGACACCCUGUUUCCCUUGUUGACCGUCGAGGAGACGUUGACUUUCAUCGGCCGGCUCCGGCUGGGCCUCCCCGGACGGGAGCUGAGGUCGAGGGUGAAGCUGCUGAUCGAUGAACUCGGCUUGAGCCACGUCGCCGGAGCUCGGAUCGGCGACGCGGAGAGAAUCCGGGGAAUCUCCGGCGGAGAGAGGCGGCGCGUUUCCAUCGGCGUGGAGGUUAUCCACGACCCCAGAGUCCUGAUUCUAGACGAGCCCACCUCCGGGCUGGACAGCACCUCGGCGCUGCAAAUCAUCGACAUGCUGAAGCUGAUGGCGGAGACCCGGGGCAGAACCGUAAUUCUGAGCAUCCACCAGCCCGGCUUCAGAAUCAUGAAGCUCUUCAACUCAAUCCUCCUGCUGGCCAACGGAACCGUCCUCCACCAUGGAACCGUCGACCAGCUUACGAUGAGGCUGCGCCUCAUGGGAUUGCACCCGCCUCCCCACGUCAACGCCCUCGAGUUCGCCAUAGAAUCCAUUGACGCAAUCAUUCAAGAAGGUAAGGAAGAAGAAGAAAAAGGAACCCAAAACAGUAAUACUGAAACAGAGCUCAAAACAACCCAGACCCUUCAAGAGCUAUUUCAUCAGUCCAAGGUGGUUGAUGACGAGGAAUCCGCCGCCGCCAUCACCCACGAUGAUGAAGAGUUCAUUUAUAUUUCGGGGUUUGCGAAUUCGAGGACGAGGGAGACGAUGAUUCUCACACAGAGGUUCUGGAAAAACAUUUACAGAACAAAAGAGCUUUUCGCGUUCAGGAGUAUUCAAAUGCUGAUUUCAGGGGCAGUCUUGGGAUCAAUUUUCUACAAGCUGGAAGAUGACUUGCUGGGGGCAGAAGAAAGGGUGGGCUUAUUUGCAUUCAUAUUGACAUUCCUGCUAUCAAGCACAACAGAAGCUCUUCCCAUAUUUUUACAGGAAAGGGAGAUAUUGAUGAAAGAGACAUCCAGUGGGAGUUACAGAGUCUCCUCUUAUGCCAUAGCCAACGCCUUAGCCUACCUCCCAUUUCUCCUCAUCCUUUCACUCCUCUUCUCCCUCCCUCUCUACUGGCUCGUUGGAUUAAACCAAUCUGGAUUCACCCCUUACCUCAAUUUCCUCCUACUGAUAUGGCUGAUUCUCUACACUGCAAACUCAGUGGUAGUGUGUUUCAGCGCUCUGGUCCCGAACUUCAUCAUCGGGAACUCGGUCGUGUCGGCCGUGAUGGGCUCCUUCUUCCUCUUCUCGGGUUACUUCGUGUCGAAGAACGGGAUACCGAAGUACUGGAUUUUCAUGCAUUACAUAUCUCUGUUUAAGUACCCGUUCGAUGGGUUCUUGAUAAACGAGUUCUCCCGGCCGGAGAAGUGUCUGCAGGCGGUGUUAGGGAAAUGUGUGGUAAGUGGGGAGAAGCUGAUGAAGGAAGAAGGAUAUGGAGAUGAGAGGAGAUGGAGGAAUGUGUUAAUCAUGCUCUCCUUCAUCUUUCUUUACAGAUUCAUUUCCUAUGUUAUUCUCAGGUUUAGGUGUUCCCAAGGAGGAGGGAUAAUCAGGUGGAUUUUUCUUCCCAAGAUGAUCAUGCCUUCGCAGCCAAGGUGAUCAGGAAAUCUAUAUAUUAUCAUAUCCCUAUACUAUUUAGACCCAAUCAAGAACAGGUUUUUCUGUUAUCUGUUUGUUAAUGUCAACCAGAGGAAAACAGAUAUCAUCAAGUAUUUGAAUUUGAGUUUGAUCCCAUUGAGCCUCUCAGCUUCAAAUUGAACGACUCUUGGCUAAGUGGCUAACUUGAGCUGCAUUUAAGCUCUUCUGUUUUUUUUUUUGAAAAAUUGGAGAAAAGUAUGUAUAGUUUCUUAUACAUGACUUGAACUUUUAGGCCUGUGAGUGUGAGUAGAAAUUGCAAUUAAUGCAUGAAGUUUGUGAAAAUAAACCAUACUCAUCAUGAUAAACAAGAUGGAUAAAAGGUGGAACACUUGUUAGACACCCCAAAUUAUAUCAUUAUGUUGGGAAAUCUUAUUGUCACACUUGUGGCAGUAAUCCUUUUUU